AUGGAUGAAAAUGAAACAUUUUACCUUGUGUUUGUCGAUCUACCAACAGAAUUCUCACCCGAACCAUAUUCAAAAUUAACUCGCCGCUAUUCUGAUGUAGAUGCAGCUAUGGCCUUCAUCGAGUCCAAGCGUCAGGUCCACGUUUUACUUAUUGUUGCCGAUCGUUUAGCAAAGGAAAUUCACACUCGAUUGAAACUCUGUCGUCAUAUUCGGAGUUUCCUCGUGUUCACUCGAUCUCUGUCUCCUUUGACAGUUAAAUUUGAUCAACACGAUCCUAUACCUGAAAUAUUCCGUUCUGAAAGCAAAUUAGAACAAGCUGUGCAAGCAGAAUGUAUUUCCCUAGAAAAACAAGCUCUACCAUUCUCCGUAUUCGAUCAAAUGCAACGCAGUAGCCAAGAUUUAAAGAGCAAAUUCAAUACCUUCCUCUGGUAUCAGAUUUUAUUUCAUACUUUGAAGCAACUACCUACAGAUGAACAAGCGAAAGAAGAAAUGCUACGAUUCUGUUCAGAUUAUUAUCAAUCUAAUCCUCGUGAAGAACGAAUUAUUCAACAAUAUCGAAAGUCGAACAAUGAACGUACUGCGAUACGUUGGUACACUCGAAAUACGUUCUUCUUCAAAUUGGCUAACCAUGCCCUAAGGACUGAAGAUAUGCUUUUGGUUUAUCGCUUUCGCUAUUGGCUGAAACUUUUAUGUUCAGCAAUCGAAUGUGAGCACAAGAAACAAAAAGAUGAUCAAACAUGGACUUUAUAUAGUGGUUUUCGAUUACAUAAAGACGAACUCGAGCGAUUGAAACAGAGCGUUGGAAAUUUAAUUUCAAUCAAUAGCUUUCUCUCUACUUCCCGUAAUAUCAACGUUGCUCACAUAUUUGCUGGUACAGGAAUCAUUGAAGAUCAUUUAGCUCGUGUGAGAUUACACAUCGAAGUUAAUCCAACUCGUUUACAAUCAGUAUUUUGUGCGGAUAUUCGUCGGAUGAGUCAAUUUUCCCAGGAAGAAGAAGUGUUAUUUUCUUUGGGUUCAACAUUUCGAAUUAUCUCAAUGGAUUAUGAUGAUACAAAUCAACAUUGGGUGUUUUAUUUGAAUGCCACUGAUGAUAGAUCUGAUUUAAUUCGUGAACAUUGUCAGUUAGCUAGUUACGAUUUUCGGUCAACGUCGCCGAUGAUUUAUUUUGGGAAAAUCUUAAGUAAAAAUCUCGAUAAAACUAAUCAUGCGCUAGAAUAUUUUCAUGAAUUAUUGAGGAAAAUUGAUCAAACGCAUCCAGAUCUGCCCAAUAUUUAUGAAGCAAUCGGUGAUAUUCAUCAUCGACGAGGGCAGGACUCAAAAGCGGUCAAAUACUAUAAGAUUGAAGAAAAACUUCGACGAAAACGAGAUCUCAUUGAAAAAAGGGCGGAUAAUAUUAUUCUACAGGAUUUACAGGAAGAACUCGAAGAGGAAGACAAGAAAACAGAUGAACCUACUCUGACAAAAGCCAAUUUAUUGCGUACAAUGGCGUUUCACGCGAAAUAUGUGCAAGCUGGAACCUAUCUUACCCAGGCGUUACAAAUCUAUGAACAAUUGAAAGUCGCCAGUCCGGCAAUGAGUGAAUGUAUCGAAGACUUAGCUUGGAAUUGCCAGCACAAUGAAAAACUUCAACAAUCGCUCGAGCUCCAGUAUCGACGAUUAGCUGUCAGCGAGGAAUAUCUACCUGCAGAUAAUCAGACAUUAUCUGAUAUAUUGACGGACAUUUUGCAUGAAGUCAAAACUCCUGACGAUCAUCGUCGCUUCAUUAAAUUCUGUAAAAAGAAAUUAUCAGUUCUCGAUGAAGAAGGAACUCUUGACAAAGAUCACCCUCGCCUAAUUCAUAUAGAAGAUUGCUUGGAGACAGCUGAGAAUCAGCUGAAAGACUUUAAAGAAAAGCAAACGAAAUUGCUAAUUGAAGUUUCACAUGCUGCCAAGCAAAAAUAUCCAUCUCAACUCAUUCAAUCAUAUCGGAAGAUAUCCAUAUUUUACUCAAAACAUGGGUUGUAUAAAGAAAGUAUUCAUUACGCAUUAAACGAAUUGGAAAUCUAUGAAAAUAUUCUUGGAUACAGUGAGACGAUUUUUGAUAUAUUAGAUCGGAUCAAACAGUGUUAUACCCUCAUGCUUGAUUAUACUCAAGCGUUCAUUUAUAUGCAGAUAGCCUACAAAUUAGCUCAAUCGGUCCAACACAUCGAUCCACAGAUGGUUCAGAAAAGGCAGAUUAAGACUGAUAAUUUUGUCCGCCGAGUAGCAAAAUAUCAAAUUGAACUGCCUUGGAUUCCUGUAACUCCAGACAAUGAUUGUAUUUUUUAA